AUGGCUCCACUUCCUCACUCUCCUUCCUCGGGUGGCAGCCCGAGAUCGCUGAAGAGGAGCAGCAGCGGCAGCGAAUGGAGCGCGGUGGUGCAGAGGAACAUCAAGUCCUCGCUGCUGCUGCUCUUGGUGAUCUCCGCCACAUUCGCCUUCUCCAUCCUCUACUCGUCCCGUGGCUUGACCGUUGGGACGACGGCGUCGACCGGCGAGGCGCUGACGCAGAGCUCGCUGCACGUAGCCCUCGACGUCAGCCGUCGGGUGCCAGGAGAUGUUGAAGAUGAGAGAGAUGAACCGACCGUCCCUGGAGACAACAAUGUGUCACCUGAGCAGAGCACGCCUGAAGACAUCUCCCUGCCGUCGGCGAACUCAACAGCUGCUGCUUCUGCUGCUGCACCGAACACAGCUCAUCAACAAAAGGCUGGUGUGCAGCUUGAGGAGAAGUGCGACAUUUCCCGGGGGCAAUGGGUGCGGGAGCCGAACGGCCCGGUGUACACCAACCUCACAUGCCCGAUGCUGCCGGACUUCAAGAACUGCCAAAAGUUCGGGAAGGACCCCGGCCACCUCUACUGGCGGUGGCAGCCCGACGGGUGCGAGCUGCCGCGGUUCUCGCCGGAGCGGUUCCUGGACGUCGUCCGCGGGAAGCGGCUGGCCUUCAUCGGCGACUCGCUGGCGCGCAACCAGAUGGACUCCCUGCUCUGCCUCCUGUCCCAGGCCGAGACGCCGACGGAGGUGCACACGGACGCGUUCGACAAGUUCGGGACGUGGCACUUCCCGGCGCACGACUUCACGCUCAUGGUGAUGUGGACGGAGUUCUACGCGCACGCGGUGCCCGUCGCCGGCGCCGACGGGAAGCCCACGGCCACCUUCGACAUCCACCUCGACAGGCUGGGCGCGGAGUGGACGAGCCGCCUCCCGGGGCUGGACUACGCCGUCAUCUCCGGCGGCAACUGGUUCUUCCGGGUCAACUACCUCUGGGAGGGCGGGCGGCGCGUCGGGUGCGUCAACUGCGGCCGCGACGCGAACCUCACCGACGUCGGGGUCCCCUACGCCGUGCGCCGCGUGGUGAGGGCGGCAGUGGAGGGCAUUGCGCAGUGCAGGGAUUGCAAGAGCAGCCUUGUUACUUUCCUGCGCACCUACUCGCCGGACCACUUCGAGCACGGCUCGUGGUUCAGCGGCGGCACCUGCGACAGGAAGGCGCCGCUGGAGGAAGGGGAGGUGAGCAUGGGGAGCAUCGGGUGGGAGCUGCGGAGGGUGCAGAGCGAGGAGGUGAGGCGGGUGAGGAGGAGCGGGGGCAAGAGGUUCGGGGUGCUGGACGUGACCAAGGCCAUGAUGAUGCGCGCCGACGGCCACCCCGGCGCGCACUUCGACAGCAGGUGGAUGAGGAACGGCAGCGACUGCCUGCACUGGUGCCUGCCGGGGCCCGUCGACAUGUGGAACGGCGUGCUGCUACAGAGGCUCGCCGAGAUCUCGCCGCCGACCACGGCCCGGUGA